AUGAAUAUUAACAAUUUUUCGUAAAAGUAACAUCAAUAGUGUAGUAGGCCAAAAUUAUCAAAUCAACUAUCGAGACAAAUAAUAAAUAAUAAAAUAUAUUGUUUUCACAUAUAUAUACAAGAGAAUUACUCAUUCCAAGAUUUUUUGAUUUAUUAUUUUAAUUUAAAUUAACUCUACCUGUUUUAAAAAACAUUAAAGAAUUUUUAAUAUUGUUUCUAGAUAUUAUAUUAUGUAAUAAAGAUGAUGUUGAAGAUGGUGAAUUUGAAUAAAUUUUUGAUGAAUACUAAAAUUGCUUAGAAUAGUUAUAAACUAUAAAACUUGAAGAAGUUUAAGAGUAAGAUUUAAAUAGACUCUAAAAAAAAUGUGUUGAGUACAUACAUACAUUAACCAGAAAUUAACUCUAAAUAUGAAUAAUCUUUAGUAGAUGUUUAAUAACAAAAAUAAAAUAUGAAAUUUAAUUAAAGUUGUAGACAGGAUGAAUAAAUAUAAAGUUCAGAAUGUGCUUUCAAAAAUUAAUAAAUUUAGAUAAUCGAUCAUUCUAUGUAUUAAAAUUAAUAACAACAAUUUUAGGAGAAGCAAAUUCAUUUAAAAUAUCCAAAUGGCAACACUCAAGACUAAUAAAAUUUUUAAGAAAUUAUAUAAUGA